CUUUGGGUGAUCGUGUGAGAAAAGGGCUCGAGGAGUUCAACGCGGAGGAGGAUCAUCAAGGCCUUCCCCAUGAGGCAAAAGAAGAAAGCAGAUCUCAGCCGGGCUGAGCUCAUGAUGAUGACAAUAGCAGAUGUCAUCAAACAACUGAUUGAAGCACACCAUCAGGGCAAAGAUGUAAACUUAAACAAGAUAAAAACAAAGACUGCUGCUAAAUAUGGUCUUUCAGCACAGCCCCGUCUGGUUGAUAUCAUUGCCGCUGUGCCUCCUCAGUACCGCAAGGUGCUGGUUCCAAAACUGAAAGCCAAGCCCAUUCGCACUGCUAGUGGGAUAGCUGUUGUGGCAGUGAUGUGUAAGCCGCACAGAUGUCCGCACAUUAACUUCACAGGAAACAUAUGUGUAUACUGUCCAGGAGGUCCUGAUUCUGACUUUGAAUAUUCAACGCAGUCUUACACAGGAUAUGAGCCAACAUCAAUGAGAGCCAUUCGUGCCAGAUAUGACCCAUAUCUCCAAACCAGGCAUCGAGUGGAACAGCUGAAGCAGCUUGGCCACAGUGUGGACAAAGUGGAAUUCAUUGUGAUGGGUGGAACUUUCAUGGCACUUCCAGAAGAAUACCGAGAUUAUUUUAUCCGUAACUUGCAUGAUGCUUUAUCAGGUCACACUUCCAACAAUGUGGCAGAGGCUGUCAGGUACUCAGAGCGUAGCCUUACGAAAUGCAUUGGGAUCACCAUAGAGACCAGGCCAGACUAUUGCCUGAAACGACACCUUAGUGACAUGCUGUCGUAUGGGUGCACAAGGCUGGAGAUCGGAGUGCAGAGUGUCUAUGAAGAUGUGGCCAGAGACACUAACAGGGGUCAUACCGUGAAGGCUGUGUGUGAAUCAUUCCAUUUGGCUAAAGAUGCUGGUUUUAAAGUGGUGGCGCAUAUGAUGCCAGAUUUGCCCAAUGUUGGACUUGAGAGGGAUAUUGACCAGUUUGUGGAGUUUUUUGAGAAUCCUGCCUUUCGCCCAGAUGGUAUGAAGCUCUAUCCGACUCUUGUGAUCCGUGGCACUGGCCUGUAUGAACUCUGGAAGUCUGGGAGGUACAAGAGUUACCCUCCAAGCACCCUAGUGGAUCUGGUGGCAAGAAUUCUGGCUCUCGUCCCCCCAUGGACCCGAGUGUACCGAGUGCAAAGGGAUAUCCCAAUGCCUUUAGUCAGUUCUGGAGUUGAGCAUGGUAACUUGAGAGAACUGGCUCUUGCCAGGAUGAAGGACCUGGGGACAGAGUGCCGUGAUGUGAGGACAAGAGAAGUUGGAAUACAAGAGAUUCAUCACAAAGUGAGACCGUAUCAGGUUGAACUGAUUCGGAGAGACUAUGUAGCCAACGGGGGUUGGGAGACUUUCUUGUCCUAUGAGGAUCCUGAACAGGACAUCCUUAUUGGCCUCCUGCGCUUGCGGAAGUGUUCAGAGGAGACAUUCAGACAAGAACUGAAGGGAGGCGUUUCUAUUGUCCGAGAGCUCCAUGUGUAUGGGAGUGUGGUCCCCGUGAGCAGUCGAGAUCCCUCCAAAUUCCAGCAUCAGGGAUUUGGAAUGUUGCUUAUGGAGGAGGCAGAAAGAAUAGCUAAAGAAGAGCAUGGGUCAUGGAAGAUUGCUGUUAUUUCAGGUGUGGGCACCAGGGAUUACUACCGGAAGAUUGGCUACGAGCUGGAAGGACCCUAUAUGGUGAAAAGACUGGAGUGAUGGAUUUAAUCAGAAAUGUUUUGAAGGCGUAUCUUUGCACCAUUAAUCCUACGAAGCUGCGGUGCAGGGAAGAAAUAAUAUCCUCCCACUGUGGGGAACAAACAUUGGGCUCCAGCCAAGAUCAACUGACUGCAAAUAACUCUCUUCUGCCUGAGGUCCCCAUAGGAGUCCCAAAAUCUUUGCAGGGGCUCCCUUAAAUGACCUGCCCUUCACCCUGAGCACAGCAGAGGCUGCUUGGCGUUUGCUAACCUCCCUUGUUCUGGUCGACAAAAACAAGGUUGCAUUUGAAUCCAGGCCCCAUUAUAUUCAGGGUCUACCUGAUCAUGCAGUGAAAUAGAGAUCACUCUCCAUGCCAGUUUGGCAUCCAGUCUAAAGCUCCCAUAUUGUUGCUCUGUUGCACCAGCCUACUUGUUUUCUAAUGAGAGAUCCUAUUUUAAUUUAGGGUUUGGGGGUGGGAGGGAGGGCACAACACCCGACUUCUAUACGCAAGGUCCUUGAAAAGGGCUAGAACCUUUUUCUUCAGAUAUUUAACAACUUGCCCUGUGCAAGCAUGUAGGUUAGCCAAUUUUUUUCUGCUGAGAACUUGGAGAGGGGGGGGGGGAGAUUACCUUUUGAAGUUAUUUAUACCCAGCAGGCAUCCUUCCAAGAAAGGAUUUUUUGCUCAGUUUCUUGCCAGGCUUCUCUGCUCCAGAUUGUGAGGAAUCCUGGCAGUGUUGCUUUUUCUGCAAUGUGGGAACUGUAGAGAGUGUUAUAAUAAAGGAGUGUGUUAGAAUUGAGUACUUUCGCUUGUUUGUUAAGAAGCUGCAGAUCAAAAUCCGGGUGCCAGAUAUUAG